GCGCGGUUGACAGCUCGGCGGCGGGGCAGGCGCGGACCCCGGCGGGAGGCGCGGCGAUCGGAGCGCGGGUCUUGGGGCGGGGAUGGGCCGGGGCGAGCGGCGGCGCCGCGGGGCGCCCGCGGACGGCGCUCGGGGAGCGGAGAAGCGGGCCGGGCCCGCGCGGCGGGACGGCCGGGGCGGCGGGAGCCGGGGCGGCCCGGGGCGGCCGGCGCUGGCCGCCGCGGUCCUGGCCUCGCUCGUGCUGCUGAGCCUGGCGGGGCACUGGCUGCUGGGCUGGCACCGCGCGCGCCGCGCCGUCACGCUGCACCCCGCGCCCUCAGCGCUGCCGCCCGACGCCGCCAGCCCCGCCGUGGCCCCCGAGCUCUUCUGGGGCACCUACCGCCCCCAUGUCUACUUCGGCAUGAAGACCCGCAGCGCCAAGCCCCUCCUCACCGGAUUGAUGUGGGCGCAGCAAGGCGCCGCCCCGGGGACCCUUAAGCUCAGGCACACGUGUGAGCAGGGAGACGGCGUGGGUCCCUAUGGCUGGGAGUUCCACGACGGCCUCUCCUUCGGGCGGCAGCACAUCCAGGAUGGGGCCUUGAGGCUCACAACUGAGUUCGUCAAGAGGCCCGGGGGUCAGCACGGAGGGGACUGGAGCUGGAGAGUGACUGUAGAGCCUCAGGCCUCGGGAACCUCUGCCCUCCCUUUGGUCUCCCUGUUCUUCUACGUGGUGACAGAUGGCAAGGAAGUCCUGGUGCCAGAGGCUGGGGCUCCAGGACAGGUGAAGUCCAUCCGUGGACACAGCAGUGAACUUGGUGACUUCCGCUUUACACUUUUGGCACCAACCAGCCCAGGGGAGUCUGCUCCCAAAUAUGGCAGCUACAAUGUCUUUUGGUCCUCCAACCCGGGACUUCCAUUGCUGACGGAGAUGGUGAAGAGUCACCUGAAUCAGUGGUUUCAGCAUCGGCCUCCAGGGGCCUCCCCUGAACGCUACCUCGGCUUGCCAGGAUCACUUAAGUGGAAGGACCGGGACCCAAGGGGGCCAGGACAGGGGCAAGGGCAGUUCUUGAUACAGCAGGUGACCCUAAAGGUCCCCUUCUCUGUGGAGCUGGUGUUUGAGUCUGCCAGUGCUCAAGCCGGAGGCAGCCGUGCCCUGGGCCAACUGGCAGGUAGCCUCUUGACCCAGGCCUUGGAGGAGCACGCUGCGGCCUUUAGCCAGCGCUUUGAGAAGACCUUCCGGCUGCAGGAGAAGGGCCUCAGCCCUGAGGAGCAGGCUCUGGGGCAGGCCGCCCUCAGCGGCCUCCUGGGCGGGAUCGGCUACUUCUAUGGACAAGGCCUGGUGCUGCCAGACCUGGGCGGGGAGGGGUCCGAGCAGAAGGUAGACCCCGCUCUCUUCCCACCUGCCCCUCUUUUCACUGCAGUGCCGUCCCGGUCCUUCUUCCCCCGAGGCUUCCUCUGGGAUGAGGGCUUCCAUCAGCUGCUCGUGCAGCGGUGGGACCCUCAGCUCACCCGGGAGGCCCUAGGCCACUGGCUGGGGCUGCUCAAUGCUGAUGGCUGGAUCGGGCGGGAGCAAGUGCUGGGGGAUGAAGCGCGCGCCCGGGUGCCCCCUGAGUUCCUAGUGCAGCGGGCAGCCCAUGCCAACCCCCCGACCCUGCUUCUGCCCAUCGCCCACAUGCUGGAGCGCGGUGACCUUGGCGACCUGGCCUUCCUCCGCAGGGCCUUCCCCCGCCUGCGGGCCUGGUUCUCCUGGCUCCACGACAGCCAGGCAGGGCCGGAGCCACACUCUUACCGCUGGCGGGGCCGGGACCCCGCCUUGCCAACCCUGUUGAACCCCAAGACACUGCCUUCGGGACUGGAUGACUAUCCCCGGGCCUCGCACCCUUCAGCCACCGAGCGGCACCUGGACCUGCGGUGCUGGAUGGCACUGGGUGCCCGCGUGCUGACGCGGCUGGCAGAGCAGCUAGGGGACGCAGAAGCCGCGGAGGAGCUGCGCCCGCUGGCGGCCUCACUGGAGGCCGAGAAAAGCCUGGCGGCGCUGCACUGGGCCCCCGAGCUGGGCGUCUUUGCCGACUUCGGGAAUCACACGAGAGCUGUGCAGCUGAAGCCUCGGCCCCCGCAGGGGCUGCUGCGCGUGGUGGGCCGGCCCCCGCCUCGCCCACAGUAUGUGGACGCCCUGGGCUACGUCAGCAUUUUCCCCUUUCUCCUGAGGCUGCUGGACCCCGAGUCACCCCACCUUGGGCCCCUGCUGGAGGUCAUUGCUGACAGCCGCCAUCUCUGGAGCCCCUUCGGCUUGCGCUCCCUGGCAGCCUCCAGCCCCUUCUACGGCCAGCGCAAUUCAGAGCACGACCCGCCCUACUGGAGGGGCGCUGUGUGGCUCAACAUCAACUACCUGGCCUUGGGGGCUCUCCACCACUAUGGGCAGCUGGAGGGCCCCCACCAGGCCCAGGCCGCCAAGCUGCACAGCGAGCUCCGUGCCAACGUGGUGGGCAACGUAUGGCGGCAGUACCAGGCCACAGGGUUCCUGUGGGAGCAGUACAGUGACCGGGAUGGGCACGGCAUGGGAUGUCGGCCUUUCCAGGGUUGGACCAGCCUUGUCCUGCUGGUCAUGGCUGAAGACUACUGACGGAAGAUGGAGGUGUCGGCCCCACAUGCCACCUGGACUGGACGGGCAAGGUGCAUCCUUGCGGCCUCCCCCACUCCUUAGGUACUAGGGCUUCCUCAUCUCCAGUGUCACCUGCUGUCAUCCCACACGGCCCUGGGGUGAAUGUGAAUCAGAGUCUAUUUUUUUAAAUAAAUGGAA